GGAAGACCAUCGCCUUCUGUUCGGUGGUCUUGGAGGGAAUUGAUACCUCCACUGCUGGGUCUGCGCAGGCGGUGAUCUUGGCACCCACCCGGGAGAUUGCAAUGCAGAUCGCGGAUGAGUUGGAAAGACUCGCAUGGUAUUUGGAUCCCCCUGUUGAUGUCGGCUGUUUCAUUGGCGGAGUGCCAUUGGAAGAGGAUGAGGAGAGGUUGUCCAACUGCUCCCCACAUGUGGUCGUUGGCAGCCCCGGUCGAACUUUGAAGCUCCUGAGAGAAGGGCUUCUGCUCACAGAUGCGCGAUUUCUAGUCCUGGAUGAAGCAGAUAAACUCUUGGACACCAACUUCAG